GGUGUUUCUAGUUGAGCUGGAAUUUAAAACUUGCAGUUCAUGUUCUUUGAAGGGAUUUAUUAUAGUACCAACUAAUUUGCACCUAGACGAUAUUGUAAGUUUCUGAAAUGUUUUUGUUACAUUUAAUAUUUGUCCAGCCAUGAUAAUCCCACACCAGACAUUUAUUUAAAAAUGAAAGAAUGAGUAAAUAAUUUAAAUUGAUUUUGAUUUAGGCACAGAUUUAGGUUAGAUUAUAUAUUCUUCCACAUCUUUUUUGUUUCAUUCUAUUAUUAGGUCCUUUCCUAAUUUAAAUAUCUAUUAACCUGUUUGAUGGCUUCGUUUACUUUAGUCCAAAAUUAUUAAAAAAGUAGAAUAUUCACACCAAAGUAGCCGAGACCAUAUUCUGAUCAAGACCACGUUUUGACGUUUAUUUACUUUUAAUUUCAAAAAUUAAAAUUCCCCAGAUAUUUUGGACUGGUAAGCAAGUGUUAAAUAACAGAAUGUCGUCUAAUUUAUUGAGGCUUAAAAACCUCUCAAAAUGUUCAAUUAGUUCAAACUGGGCGGCCCGAGCUUUCUCCACUUCUGCACCAAGACAAGUAGAACCUACAAUUAAAAACGAUAUUGCUCUUUUAAACCCUGAUGAAAUAGAACACAAGAAAAAAAUGCAAGAACUCAUCACUGUUGAAGGAACAACCAACCUAGCUCCCAUAAGUGGUGUUCCUGAAGAACAUAUUAGGGAACGUAGAGUAAGAAUAUAUGAACCACCUAAAAAUUGUAUGCAAAGCGGUACCAGUAAUAUUGGUCACUGGCAGAUUGAUUUUGAUGCAAGAGAAAGAUGGGAAAAUCCACUAAUGGGAUGGUGUUCAAGUGGUGAUCCCCUUUCUAACAUGCAAGUAGACUUUUCAUCUAAAGAUGAGGCUAUUGAAUACUGUGAGAGAAAUGGUUGGCAGUGGUUUGUUCAGAAGAGUAGUUUGGAGAAAAAAAUCAAACCGAAAAGUUAUGGUAUCAACUUUUCUUGGAACAAACGUACUAGGACAUCUACUAAAUAAAUUUUUUAUUCUGUUUGUAAAUAUAAAUUCUUGUUAUUAAAUAAUAAAUAA